AUGUCUACAGCAGCACCACUCCCACCCUCUGUUGUCCAAGGCGGGCUCCCUACCCCUGACGGUACUCCGGAGCCAGAAGAUGCGAGGAACAAGGCCGAGGAAAAGCGCAAGCGAGAAGAAGAAAAGCGGCAAAAAGAAGCCGAGCAGGCAGCAACGACACGUUUUAGAGAGCGCUACGACCGCGCGAAGUCAGAAAUCGACAGGCUUCAAAGCAGUAACGCUGCAGAGGCGCCUCUUGCCGUACUUGGAGUAAAAGAGGAUGAUGUGUCGAAUAUCACAAUUGCCAGGGCAUUCACAGAACUGGGUUGCUUAGUCCAUUAUAAGUACAUGCCCGAUGACAACCAGGAACAGGCCAAAAAGGCAUUUAAUGAUAUAAUGAUCGCGGGAGAGAAGUUGCGCGUAGAUGACGAGGCAAGAAAGGAAGUAGAAGAUUGGGAUGGGAAGAAGGAUCUUCUACGACCAAUUUGGCUCCAGGAGCGCUACGAACUCGCCGAAGGAAAGAUCAAGUUGCUCAGCGACGCGGAAUCUGCAACCAAUCCCCUUGAAUUACUUGGCCUUUCUAGCGAGACUGCAUCCAAAGCUGCCGUUGAGUGGAAGAUUACAAAUCUAGGUUGUUUACUGCACUACAAAUAUAUGCCACCAGACGAACAGCAUCAGCAGAGUGCUAAAAAGGCGUUCGAUGCUCUCAUGAAAGUGGGAGAGACGUUGAACGUCGGAAACAAUUUGCUAGAUGCUGUGAGAGGUUGGAAUGGGGAGCAGGAUCUCCUUGGACCGCUCAAAUCAGCAUACUUUAAAGAUCGAUAUGACCGUGCAGCAGCGAAACUCACAAAGCUGGAGCAGCAUACUGUCCAAGACGACCCCUACGGUGUACUCGAUUUGACUAUGGAAGAUGCAACGGACGAAGUAACCGAUCGUCAGUUUAAAAAGCUUGGUUGCUUACUACACCCCAAGUAUAUGCCGGAGGAGAAACGGGCGAAGGUCAAAGAAGCCUUCGACAAGAUCCUAAAGGCGGGUGAAGUACUAAACGUGGAUGAGGUAGAUCGAGAGGCCGUCGAAAACUGGGACGGAGAGGAGGAUCUCCUCCAAGAGGAUGCGACACGGCUGCAUCCAACGAACGAAGUUCCAGAGCCACCCGAAGCUAUCAAAAAGCUGUUCGAGGAAGCGACUCCGCAUAUGGUCAAAUUACGCGAUGAUCCGUCAGACGCAGGUGCCAGAACGAACUUGGAGCAGCUAAAUCUGCGGCUUCGAGAAGCAACCGGGACCUACAUCGCAGAGGCUGGAGCCCAGCUAAGUGACAGAAUCUGGGAGAUACAAAUAGACCAAUUUGCAAUGGCGUUUCAACAAGUCAAGGAUCUAGCUCUGAAACUGGCGGAAAAUCCCGCAGACGCAUCUGUCCAGGCCAAUCUAGACAUUACGAAAAGAGGAAUAGAUAACGAAAUUGCGCUGAAGCACUUUCCGCAGAAGCCACCCGGACCUACAUCGCAGAGACUAGAGCUCAGCUAA